AUGCAAUCCGCCACGAAAUGGGAUGAAAAGGAAGCUGACGCCGAAAAAACAGUUCCAACUGUGGAACGCCGUGUAUCUACCAGUACACAAUCAAGUGAACCUGGAGUAGAAGCCGACUAUGGAGCAGAUUCGGGAUUGAAGAGAAAGUUGAGCUCCCGACAUUUGUAUAUGAUAUCGCUUGGCACUGCCAUCGGCACAGCUCUUUGGUUAGGUUCAGGGUCGAAUCUUACUACUGCCGGACCAGUUGGAAUGUGGAUUGGAUUUUGGAUUGCUGCAUCGAUUGCUUGGGCUUUAAUGCAGUCUGUGGGAGAGCUUACUGUAAUGUAUCCUGUACCAUCGGCUUUUCCACGGUGGAGUAUUUCCCAUGGAUGGGCGUUUUGGUUAUUGUAUACUUUGGGAAUUCCAACGGAACUUGCCGGUCUUGUUACUGUGAUGCAAUUUUGGACGGACAAGGUUCCACCGGCUGCUUGGAUUUCUAUUUUUCUUUUCAUUCUAGUUUUAUUAAACGCCUUUCCAGUAAGAGUCUAUGCUGAAUCAGAAAGUAUAAUGUCGUUUAUCAAGUUCGCGUGGAUUUUUGUCAUCAUUAUAGCCUCAAUUGUUGUCUCUGCCGGUGGAGGACCCAAAGGUCAUAGUAUUGGAUUUCGGUAUUGGCGGGAAGCUCCCUUCACACAUGGCUUUAAGGGUUUCCUCAGCGUCAUGCCGAAUGCUGUAUUUUCCAUGUCUGGAAUUGAAUUGGUAGGUAUUGCUGCCGCGGAGGCAAAAAAUCCAAAAAAAUCAGUUCCCAAGUCGGUUGGCUCAAUUUGGCUUCGUCUAGGAUUGUUUUAUAUAAUUGGUAUAUUAAUGGUAACCAUUAUCAUAUCACCUUAUUCACCAGAUAUAUUUGGUGGAAAGGGUGCAAAUGCCUCUCCAUUUGUCAUAGCAUUUCGAAACGCUGGUAUCCCUGGAUUAAGUCAUGCUAUGAAUGCCAUCAUUUUAAUUUCCGUUUUCUCUGCCGCUAAUUCUGAAGUUUAUACGGCUCCAAGGAUCCUUGUCGGUCUUGCUGAAGCGAAAAUGGCACCAAAGUGGUUUUUACGUUGCGAUCGACAAGGCCGACCACUCUAUGGCUUUUUCUUCACAAUUUUAAUUUCUGGUGGUUUGGCCUACUUGAAUGUUAAUCAAACUGGAUCGACUGUAUUUCAAUGGUUUGAAAGUUUGGUAUCUCUUUGCGUGUUGUAUUCGUGGGGCUGUAUAUUUUUAGCUCACCUACGAUUUCGGAAAGCGUGGAAGGUCCAAGGGUAUUCAGCAGAUCAGCUUCCAUGGAAAUCCAGAUUUUUCCCUCUUAGCGCUAUAUGGGGAAUUUCUUGGUGUAUUUUGAUUUGUAUAAUUGAGUUUUACCUCGCUGUCUGGCCGCUCGGGCAACCAAGCAGCGCGAAGCAGUUUUUUGCUACUUAUUUGUCCAUCGUUCUUAUUAUAAUCAUUUAUGUGGGAGCGAAGAUUUAUUAUCGAGGACCUUUUUGGAAAAAGCCUUCAUUAGUAAAUCUAAAUUACGGCAGAAGGUUCUACACCAACCGGCGAGCAAGUAGUGAUAAAGAAGAAGAUGAGCUAUAUGUUUUCUUUAAGUCAACAUUGGAAAAAAUAAUUCCGAAAAAAAGCUGA